ACGGGAGAUUUUAAGCGAUGCAGGUCACCUUGGCCACGGUGGGCAUGAGAGGGUGCCAGUGGUCCUGAUGCUGUGAAGGAGCCACUGUUAUGUAACAUGAAUCAUCAUGACAGAUUAGUGGUGCCUUUAACCUGACAUGGAACAAGUCUGGAUUCGUUUGGACAGGAAAUAAAGCAGAUCAGUUUUUUCACUAUGGAGGCCAUGGAUGAGGAGUCAAAGCCCAUUGUCCCCACCCCUGCUGUUUCCACAGCCUCUGCCUCCAGCCCACAAAGUGAAGCUGUAACCAAUGAACUGCAAGAUUUGUCUCUUCAGCCCGCCCCCAAUUUGCCUCCUAUUUACGAGAGGAAGAAUGUGCUCCAACUCAAACUUCAGCAGAGGCGAACUCGAGAAGAACUGGUUGACCAGGGGAUCAUGCCACCACUGAAAAGUUCAGCGUCUUUUCAUGAGCAGAGACGAAGUUUAGAACGAGCAAGAACUGAGGACUACCUAAAGAGAAAGAUCCGCAGUCGUCCAGAGAGGUCAGAGCUGGUCAGGAUGCACAUUCUCGAAGAAACUUCAGCUGAACCAUCUCUUCAGGCCAAGCAGCUGCUGCUGAAACGAGCUCGUCUAGCAGACGACUUGAACGAUAAAAUCUCUCAGCGGCCCGGGCCCAUGGAGCUUGUUCACAAAAACAUCCUUCCUGUUCACAGCAGCAUCAAACAAGCCAUCAUAGAGACUGAGUUUCCAAAAGUAGAAGCGGAGAAUUCUUCGUUUGAUGAGGAAAGCAGUGAUGCAUUUUCACCGGAGCAGACAGCCAUUCAGGACUCUCCCCUCGGUCACACCCACUUACCUACUUCCGCUGAGUUACCAGCGAAUGAAGCCACACCAAAACAGGCCCCGCCUCCUCCUCCGCCUGCACUGCCAAGCCCCACCCCUCAGCAGAAACUUCUCAAUGGAACAACAGGCCAAAAGCAAGCUCCUGCACUACAGAAGAGUGGUAAAGUGAGUAGUGAGCGUCCUGCUCAGCGCUCUAAGAAAGUGAGAGACAAUAAACCUAAAGUCAAGAAGCUGAAAUAUCACCAGUAUGUUCCUCCGGAUCAGAAAGCUGAGCGUGAGCCUCCGCCUCUGCUCGACUCGUCCUACGCUAAACUCCUCUACCAACAGCAGCUCUUCCUCCAGCUACAGAUUAUCAACCAACAGCAGCAAAACUACAACUACCACACCAUCCUGCCAGCUCCACCCAAGCCUCCAGCUGAUCAGCAGCCUGCUUCAGCCAGUGGCCAGUCACAGUCCAAGAAUGACACUCCCCCUCAAUCAACAUCCACUAAUCUGACUAGUCAGAACCAACAGUCCACUAUAAAUGUAGGCAGAGUUAACAUAAGCCCACUGCCUCCCAACCUGGAGGAGCUAAAGGUGGCAGAGCUGAAGCAGGAGUUGAAACUGCGAGGCUUGACAGUCUCGGGCACAAAGAAUGACCUUAUUGAGCGGCUGAGGAAUUUUCAGGAGCAGAACGGUGGGACCAGCCCGCCAACACCUAAAACCAACACACCCUCAGCCCUAGGGGGAGGAGCCUCUUCCACACACCAAUCAACAGACAGGAACCUGAUGGUUGCUUCCUUCCAGUUCGGUGCCACUGCAGAAGGAGGGGGAACUCUGACAACAGCGCCAAUGAUGAUGCAGUUUGGCAGCACUAGCUCCUCCCCUCCGGUUUCCCCUGCCCACUCCGAGCGUUCAUCCACUGGAAUGAGUCCAGAUGAGGCGAGCUGUCAUGCAGAUGCUUUCGGGGAAAUGGUGAGCUCUCCUCUCACCCAGCUCUCCCUGCAGCCGUCUCCUCCUCUCCCGACCACUGUGUGCAUUAAAGAAGAGCCCUGCAGCCAAACAUAUCAAUCCUCCUCCUGCAUGCUUUCUCGUUCUGCAGACAAGGACCAGAUGCUGCUGGAGAAGGACCGGCGCAUUCAGGAGCUCACCAACAUGCUUUUGCAGAAGCAGCAGCUAGUUGAGUCCCUGCGUCUGCAGCUGGAGGGGAAACGGGUGCAAGAGCCCAAUCCAGUCAAAGAGGCGCUUCCUGCUGCCGUAAUUGAGGCUCUUAGAGUCACUGUAAAGGAGGAGGUGAUGGAGGUGGUGGAAGACAGUGAGAUGGUGACGGAGCCGCAGGUGGAGCUGGAGCAGCAGCAGAGGAUUGUAAUGCGACAGAAUCAACGCAACCUGCUGCAACAGACACAUCAGAGGAAGAGGAAAACACAGAAGCAGCAGAGACAAUUUCCUCAAGCACUUACCAACCAGCAGUCAAGUCCUGUUUCUUCAGUGCCAGUCAGCCCAGUUAACCCAAACUCCACCCCCACCAUAGUGACCGACGGCAACGGCAACCAGUUCCUGCUGACACUGUCUAAUCAGCACACAGAGGCCCCAGCCAGAGGCAGGCGCCCUCAGGGCAAAGCAACCAAUCAGAGCAGACUACAGAGACUGCAGUCGACAUCUACAACAUUACCCAACCAAUCAGAGGCUGAAUUGCUUAAUAAUAACAACCAGCCCGAGCCCAUACAAACUGUCAUUUUAAAACAGCCAAUCAAAAAGGCACUAAAGCCAGACCUAAAUGUGGCGACCAAUUACAAGGCAUCAAGCUCUUCCUUCGUCUCAACAUCAUUCUUCAGUUCAGUGGAUUCAAUGAAUGAUGGUGAUGUCGUCCCUUCAUCUCCCAACAACAACAACAAUAUUGGAAGUGGCUCCCAUCAGCAUGUUGACGACCUGUUUGACAUCCUAAUCCAGCGCGGAGAAAUCUCUGAGAAUUUCAAAGCAUCUCCUGAUCCUGUUCUUGAAAGGCUUCGGCCAAACACACCCCUCACCUUGAGCUUCUCUCCUCUCAAUCUCUCUCCUGCCUCUGAAAACACCAUCAAAACUUUAAUUGCAGAACCUCGACCUCCUUCCAUCAAGGUGCCCACCAGCUGUGCCACAGGUGCUGGACGUCUUGAAGAUUUCCUGGAAAGCACUACUGGCAAACCGUUACUGGGAGUGGAGCCAGGAGGACCGACCACGCUAAUCGUAGACCUCCACAAUCAAAUGCUAAGCACGCCGAGUAUCCUUGACCACCCACGGUGUCCAAUGGACACAUAUGACAUAAGCUUUUCCAGUCAUUCUGCUUCCGAUUUAGUAGACUCCGCCCCUGAUUCUAUGGAUUGGAUGGAGCUUGGAGUGGGCGCUUCUGCGGGGGAGGUGCCAGGGUUGGUACAUAUUAAUGGACACAACCCCUCCAGCUUGUUUUCUGCAGACUUUCUGGACACUUCUGAUCUGAACUGGUCCAGCUUGUAGUCCAUAGGAAUUCACAGACUAGUCUUUUUUUUUUUUUUUUAUGGCCCACAUAUUUCGCAUAAUAACUUUACCAGGAACUGUUUUCAUUUCGCUUUAACAAGUAUGAGUUAUAAUACUAACUUUACAUGGAUUAUAUUGCAUUUUGAAAAGAAUCAGUCUCUCAUCUUUUCUUGCUCAAAUGCUUACACCCCUUAUAGCAUGUGUAUGUCACUGAAAUUAUUUUAUUUGUAAAUCAACCAUUUUAUCAUUGAGUUUUUUUCUAAAGAGGCUAGAUGUUUUAUGUUUUUCUCAUUUAAAAUAUUGUGAAUUGCUGUUACUUUAAUAUGACACCUAAAUGAGAUGUUUCAGUGACAUACAGUACAUGUACAUAUGGAAACAGGCAUACAAACAAGCAAUAUGCAAAUCCAUUUUUGCCUCAAUUUUAGCAAAUUUGUUUACUUGUGUUAGUGGAGCGUUUACAUUCACAUUACAAUUGGAAUAUGCGGCAGUCAACAAGCUUGCUUUACCAAAUAUAAUGUAAACUUUUACAUAUUGCUUAUUAAAUAUCUCGAAAAUAUGCACCUGAUGGAUGUAACUAUUUAUAGUAUUAUAAUCUAUUUUUUAUAGCAUAAGCCAACUGGUUUUGUAACAUCUUGUUAGCUUUGACAUAGGUAUAUUUGCAUAAUCGUCAAAGUUAUGAUAAUUAAGUUAGAUCAUAGGUGUUAAAGUCAAUUCCCGGAGGGCCGCAUCUCUGCACAGUUAUGCUCCAUCUGUAAUCAAACACAGCUGAUCCAAAUAAUCGUGGUGUUCAAAGGAAUCUCUAGGAAUCGAUUUUGACACCUAUGAAUUAGAUUUUUUAAAAAUGUAUACACAGAUAAUACUCCCAUAUAAGUGCCAAAAUAUUAUUUUAUGGCUACAAAGAUAGCCAAUAAGCUUGUCAAUACUUACCUGAAUUAUAAUGCAAGAAACAGACAAUGCUACUAUAUUAAGCUAUUUUUGAUUUCAGUUUGGAAACCCAUUCGAAAUUAGCAUCUGCUAGCAUUGCCAAGCUUGAUUAUUUAACCCCAAAGUUGAGGGUAUUAACAAACUGUAAUAUUGUUACACCUGCUUUCAUUGUUUAUAGCACCAAUAACCCCCAAUACACUGUAAAAAUUAUUAGUUGACAAAAUAAGUGAGGAAACCUUUAUUUUAAAGGGCACCUAUUUUACCUUUUUUACAAGAUGCAAGAUAAGACUUUGGUGUCUGCAGAAUGUGUCUGUAAA